GGGAAGAACUGGAGAUACCAAUCUCACACAAUGGCAUAGAGGGGUUAGUGCAGCCCAACGAAUUGGAAGUAAGUGAUGACGAGAGUGAAGAUACCUUCGACAAGUUGGAGUAUGAGAGCGAGGACGUAGAAGAGGAAGAAGGGUAUUAUACAGGGGAACGGUCCGAGGAGAAAGAAACGAUAGACAAAGGGAUUCCGAACUUAGCAGUAUAUCUGACUGUCCUAGAGAAGAUACUAACAUUGGAGAAUGACGAGGAAUAUGAGGACGAGAAAUCAAAGAAGAGGAACGAGAAGAUGCAGCAAAACUUUUCGAAAGAGAAAAAGGAUUAUUUGCUGAAGAGCUAA